GCUCGUAUCUCGUGUCUCGGGAAAGUGUCAUCGAAACCAAAACAUGUCCAACAGCGCCAGCAAUAUUCCCAUCAGACCAGGCCAGAUGCCUGCUGCUGGCGCUGGUGUAAGGAAUGCGGGUGCAGUCUGGGGUCUCGGGAUGGGCAUGCCACCCUUGGGCUUUGGAGUGGUGCCGCAACAGCCAGGCAACCUGAUGAUGGGGGGCCAAGUCCAACAGAUGGCACCACAGGUGGCAAACUGGCAACAGCAGCAGUUCCUGGCAGCUCAGCAAAUGGGUCUGUCAGGAGCCACUGUGGGUGUACAGCCCUUGCCACAGCAACAGCAACAUUUGCAACAGCAGUACCAGCAGCACUUUCAGCAGAAGCAGUACCAGCAGCAGCAGCAGUGGGCUGAGGCACAGAAGAAGGCGGCAGAGGAGCAGAAGAAGAUGUACGAGCAGAUCAUGAAGCAGAGGCAAUUUGAUGAGCAGAAAAUGCGACUACAAGCGUUCAGUAGUUCAAAAAAGAUGCCUGUCAGCGCAGACUCCAUGAUUGAAAACAUCCUUGGCACCAAAGAUGCUCCAAAGCCAAGAUCACCUCCAGCUCCUCCUAAAAAGGUAAGGGAAAUUACGAGAUGGGAAAAAGAACCCCUAAAAGAAAAGGUGGAAAUGCAAAAGAAAGGAACAGCAGGGGGUUGGUCAAAGAUGGGUGAUGUCGACACCUUAUUCGUGGCCUCUCAGAACAAUUCUGUGCAGUCACCGGCUAGCAUGCCAUCUGGAGGAUUUAAUGCAGGUACAGCACCAGUGGCACAUAUGCCAUCUGAGUCCACCCCUGGAUUCCAGCCAGAGGCACCCUUCAUGCCUGCAGCAGCCAAUACCCCAGGCAUGCCUGCAGGUGCCCCACUAGCAGGGGGUCCUCCUACAAUGCCUCAGCAGAUGACAUCCCAAGGACCUCCCAUGGCCCCCUCAGCAGCAGCUCCUGUCAUGGGAGUACCUUGUGACCCCAGCUCAGACCAGGGGGGAAGUGGGAAGAUCCUCAUGCUGCCAGACUGGUUGAGCGAUAAGAGUACGCUGCCGGCUGUCUAUGUUCAGGCCAGGUCACUAGUAGAGGGCACUGAGGGUUGGGUGGACACGAGCCGUGCAUACAUGUUGCUCAUGAAAACAGGGCUGCCACCACCCUUCCUUGGGGUCCUGUGGGAGAUGGUUAACAAAACCAAACCUGGGCACUUGCGUGAUCAGGAGUUCAUGGCUCUGCUUGCGCUUGUGGCCCUUGUUCAGUGCGGCCAUACCAUCACAAGUGCAGAGAUCCUAAGCUCAACGCAGGAGCCAGUGCUUCCUAUUAUUGACCAUCCUGCACUGCUCCCUCUUGUUCAAGAUUAUGUUCAGCAAAGGCAGCAGCAACUACUUCAACAACAGCAGCACCAGAUGCAACAGCAGCAGCAGCAAGAAGGCAGUCAGAAGCAAUCAAAUGCAAGUGUGACAGCUCCAGUAGGAGCUCAGCCAAGCAGUGCUAAUAAUGUUGAUGAUGAUGAGUUUGAUGACUUUGUUGGCCCCCUGCCUGCUGCUGUUCCUAGUCAGAACCCCCCUCAAGGUGCAGGACUUCCACCUCUGCAAGCCAGUGUUGCACCACCAGCAGGAGCUGCAGGGCCCCUUCCAGUCUCAAACCAUAAACCUUUGUUGCCCGCUGUUGACAAGAUUAAAAGGAUGAACCUUCCUGAGUUGGGGUCCUCCCCAGAACAGUCUCCCAGUGUAAGCUUUGACCAUUCCCAUGAUGAUGACUUUGAUGACUUUCAGAGUGCUACUGUCAUGUCAACUCCUCUCUCUUCCAUGACCUCUGUACCUGCACCUCAACCUUUGUCGACUGCACCACCUGUGUCCUCCAACUUUUCGUCUCCACCGCUACUGCAGCCAGAGAAGUCGGGUGGAUCAGGAGACAAAUAUGCUGUCUUCAGGGAGCUAGAAGCCCCAGCACAAGAUAGCAACAUGGGCAGCUUACAUCACCAGCCACUGUCCAAUGUAGAGGAGCCCAACUUUGGGGAUGAGAGUUUUGGGGAUUUCUGUAGUAGCGAACCUGCCUCUCUGACAACUUCAGUCUUCCCACCCAUAACACCUUCAGGUGGGAGUGGAGGUCCAGCCACGAACAACACAACUCCAGUGAGCUUUGAGGUGUUCAGCACACCCCCAGAAAUGAUACCAGAGACAUCUACAGGUACCACGGCAGAUAACCACUUUGAGGCUGACUUUGGGGUUUUUGCAUCAGCAUCAAUGCAGGCGACAGAUAAUUAUGCUGAUAUCCAUGAAGCCAUGAAGCGAGUCGAAGCUGAGCAGAAGCUGAAGGAGGCCAGUAACUGGAGUGAUCCCUUUGGGGAAUUUGAAGAAGCUCCUUCUGCCUCCAGAGGGAAAGCCAUGGCUGACUUUGGCUCAAAACCACUACAGCUGAAUGUAUGCACUGCUGAAGAAGAGGACGAAGAUUUUGGUGACUUUAUGGGGCCUGAUGCAGGGAUUGGCGAUGUCGAAGGGCUCUCUACCAACCCUUCCUUCCCCAGACUUACCGAGGCCUUAGGAGAAACUCAGUCUGUUGCCAGUUUGGAACUACCGGGCUUGGAGAUGACUGUCGGUCUCCAGUCCUCCGAGUUCCCAGGGUCAGGGCAGUCACCCGAUUUGUUCUCUCAGGCAAGGAACGAGACUUGUAUGGAGGACCAACUGCGCAGCCUCACCCUAGACUCUGGGAUAGCUCAGGAUGCGAACUCGGCUAACAGUUCCAACCUCACCCUAGGGAAUGCCCUCGGAAAUGGAGCCACAAGUCCCUCUGCCGCCACAAACAAUGUCCUGGACUCUUUCGGCGGUGGGCUGGUGGACAAGUACAGCAUCAUUAGGGAGGAAGCGAGCAAGAACUCGUAUGACGAAGCACACACUGGGUCGUGGCAGCGUUGCCUGGAAGGAAGCAUAAGGCUCAUGGAGCAGGCAAGGGAGAUCCUUACCAACCUGUCUGACCCGAAGCUCAAAUCCCAGGUCUUGGCAACCAGUCAGAUGCAGGAUUAUUUAGCCAACCUUCAGGAGGUAUGGUUCGUGUGUGAGCGGAUUACCUCCUCCAGCCAGCAGGUCACAACUAGCACAAAGGUGGACGAGCUACUGACGCAAGCCAAGAGUCUGUGGGAGGAAGUCAGGAGGUCUGUGGAUGUCAGCAUACCCAAGAUGGAGGGCAAUGAAAAGGACAACCAGAUGAGAGAGAGCGAGGUGUGCGGAGUCUGCCUGUCAGGGGGUGGGAGCAAGCUCACCUAUGGAGGCCAUUCGUACCACCCCCCUUGUGCCAAUCUGUGGCUCAACUGCGUCGACCUCCUCCUCCCCUCGCUCACGCCUGUCACCCUCCUCUGAUUGGUCUCAGGUGGGAAGGAGGCAGGUGGCUAGUGUGUGAAUGAUGAGCCUGAAGUUUAUAUAUCGGUAGUUUUCUUUUCUUUCUGUUGUUUAUUUCCCAUGUGUUCAUUCUCUCUGGCUUGUUGAAUGUUGUUCCCUUCAUUUUAUAUAUUUUGUUUUAUUUUUAAAAAAAGUUUUUGCC